AUGGAGCAGCUGAUACCCCCCCUCUCCCGCAGAUGCCUGCUUGACGGGCGGAUAGACGGGGUCUCGUCCGCCUUCCUCGCCCCGCGGCUACGCCCGGAGACCCUGAGGUUCACGGUGGAUGCCUUCCGAUUCACUGAAGAGGCCCAAAAACUGGUCUGUCCUGCUGUGGAGGAUGGGUUGGGGGGUGGUGGGCAGAGGGCUCCUAUCUACAUCACCUGCCGCCUGAAAGUCACCCCAGGAGAGCAACCUCCGGAUGCCUUGAACAAAGCCUGUUCGUUCGAUGCAGCCAGCCAUUCGUGA